GUAGAUUUUAGAGAAGGUCAAAGGGGAACUAAUCCAAGACUUGAAAAUGGAUAUUUUCCAGCACUUGAUUCUUUGUCUUUUUCUAACGCAAUGAGUAUUAAUGAAUUUUUGAAUGUUCUGGAAGAAAAUAUUGUCUAUGAUAUUUCUGGGGAUGAUAAAAUUAUUGAGAAACUUGUUAGUGUGUUUAGUCCUAAAAAUACUGAUGAAUCAAACAAAAUAGAUGAAGAUAGAGAUGAUAGCAAUGAAUUACCAAUUAUUAAUGCUACUGCGGUAUUAGAAAAUUUGAAUAAUGUUAGAUUGUUUUUACUUCAACAAGAAGAAACUGGCAGGCAGUUAAAAGUAUUAGAUA